GCGAAGCGGGUUCAUGUUUCGUUGAGAAGGGAUCGAUUUACGGCGCUGCGAUCCUGAUGCCCCAGCUGGCCAGGAGUAUGAACUGGCAUCGGCUUCUAACCAUUGAGGCUUUUAGAAGUUUCAUUCUCAUCGCCGUGAGCAUCUUCUUGCAGGUGAGUCUCUUGGUGAUGCUCGCGAGAAAGGAGUCCGUCUAUGACACCUUCGCGGGGCAAAUGUUUCUCUGCGACUUGGGCGCCGGUUGUAUUCAAGGCUACAGCUCAAGGUGUACGGGACCCUCGGGGACUGAAAUUACUCCACCACGGCUGUACAGUUUCGAUAUUUGGACAACCAGACUUUUCGUUCGCGCGCCUUGGCAAUCCGUGCAGGGUAAGACCAUGGAAUCGCUGAAGGCGAUCUUUCCAGACAAACAGGACGACAUCGACGAGCGCAUCGUACCUUGGCACGAACAGUUCGAUGAGCGGACCUUUGAUGAGAUCAAGAGCAAAGGUACUCAGAGAGUACAGAUGCCGCACGAACUAGAUCCCGGAGAGUAUGGCUUGGAAAGUUACUACUGCCGACUUUUAUGCCUCUCAACAGCGCUGGCUGGCCAGGGAUAG